UAAAAGUGACGUCACACCCGUCUGAUAAUCGAAGUGGUGUGCAAACGAUGCGAAAUGUACUAGGUAUUGUGCUCGCUGUUUAAACUAAAAUUACUCAAAAUUUUCAACGAACACAUUGAUAUUUUAAUACAGCAAAAUGUUCGUAGUUUUAUCCUCUUUAAAUUAAUUUUUUCCCGAAAGCUCUACCUUUUACCGUUCAAAAGUUUUAGUAGUUUAAAGUUGCGAAAACAAUGCUAAAACCAGCUGCGGGCGGCAAGUAUUGAACUUUGAACUAAAAUUACUCAAAAUUUUCAUCGAACACAUUGAUAUUUUAAUACUGCAAAAUGUUCGUAGUUUGAUCCUCUUUACAUUGAUUCUUUCCCGAAAGCUCUACCCUUAACCGUUCAAAAGUUCUUGCAGGUCAAAGUUACCAAAAGAGUUCAUUACUUGCUGUCCGCAGCUGGUUUUUGCCUUGUUUUCGCAACUUUUAACUUCAAGAACUUUUGAACGGUAAAAGGUAGAGCUUUUGGGAAAAAAUCAAUGUAAAGAGGAUAAAACUACGAACAUUUUGCAGUAUUAAAAUAUCAAUGUGUUCGUUGAACAUUUUGAGUAAUUUUAGUAAACAGCGAGCACAAUACGAUUCUCCAUUCAGUACUGUAUAUUAUUCGACUUGGUUUACACACCAGUUCGUUAUCACGUGACUCGGAUGACGUAGUUUGAAAUGCCCUAUUCGAAGUUUGAAUCUAGGAAAUUUCUAUGUAACGAUUGCGGAGAAGAGUUUUCACGUAAAUACAACUUGAGUCGUCACAUCAGUCGUUUGCAUGUACUCUCGGGUAAACGAGGAUCAAAUGGUCGUAAGGAUAGAAAUAGUAGUCGUAUAAUCUGCCCUGUGUGUGAUAUUAUAUGUGUUACCUUCCAUUACUUGGAGAAACAUUUGCAAUCUGAACAUAACGUUGAGUUGAACGUUAGCCACAUGAAGUUCUCCUCCGAAGAUGAAUUUUGGAAAUGGAAAGAGAAAGAAGAAAGUUCAUCUAUAUCGAUGUUUACAAGAAAUAAAACUCACGUCAAGAAAAAUGGCGAUAGAAUGACUCGUUUCACAUGUAAUCGAAGUGGCGUAUACAGGAAAAAGGGCACCGGCCAACGGAUGGCUAGAUCCAAGGGAACUUGCAAAAUUGGUUUUUGUUGCACCGCUCGUAUAUUGGUUACGUUCGAAGCCGAAGGAUCCGUAAAUGUAGAAUACCAUUCCACUCAUAUUGGACACGAUCAUCAAUUUUGUUUUUUACCGUUACCAUCGAGUCAAAAACAGUUGAUAGCGGAUAAGCUCAAAGAAGGAGCUGACUUGGACCAGAUUUUGAACGAAGUUCGUAAUGAAAUCACUGCAUCUUCAGCUCUGGAAAAGAAACACUUCCUCAAUAAGAAAACACUAUUCAAUAUAAUAAAAAAAUACAGCAUUUCCGAAGUGAAGAAAAAACCCAAAGAAAACGAGGUAAAUGCAGAAACGUUACUGAAUGAAUGCAACGAAAUGGCUCAUAAUCCUAUCGUAAUGAAUAAACAAAAAGGAGAAUCUCAUCCUGUCCUCGACGUCAAUCAAACCAUGAUAAUCAUAAUGAACGAUGUUCAGAUAGAAAUUUUGAAAAAAUUCGGUCCUGAGAAAAUCUGCAUCGAUUGCGUUAAUAACCCGAAAAAAAGUAAUUUUCAAAUAAUCGCUAUUUUGGUAAUCGACGAAUUCGGCGAAGAAUUUCCAUGCUGUUUUUGCAUCUGUGAUCUCAUAAACGAAACCACGUUAUCGAUACUUUUUGGCGUAAUUAAAUCGUACACGGGGCCAAUUUCAACUAAAAUUUUCAUGUCAGAGGACGAGCAAUGUUACCAUGACGCUUGGGAAAAAAUUAUGACGGAGAAGCCCGAACUAAUAUUAUUAUGUAAAUGGCACGUAGAUGAAGAAUGGAAAAAAAAUUUGAAGUUGAUCGGUGAUAAAAGAGCCAAAUGCGAAGUGUAUUCUAGGCUCAGACCGCUUUUAGAAGAAACCGAUAGUUCUGCGUUUUUUUCUUCUUUUAGUUCGAUUCUCGAUGAUUUAAAACAAGCCGGUCAUGUUGAUUUUCAUAAUUAUUUUCGGUCAAAAUAUGGUUACCGACUCGAAGCUUGGGCUCCGUGUUACCGUUCCAAGGAGUUUAUUAAUCAUAAUAUGGCUCUCGAAGCUUUUCAUCGUGUUUUGAAUCAUCUCCAUGCGAAAGGGAUCAAGAAUACUAAUAUGGAUGUCUUGCUCCAUUUAUUUUUCAAAGUUAUUCGCGAGAAAGUGUUUAAUCGUCUAAUGCAUCUGGAAGAUAUCGCCGGUACAAGUUACAAAGAAAAAUUAUACAAGAGGCAUCGACGUCGUAAUGAAGUCAAAGAAAUCGACGAGUCGUCCUGUAAUCAUUGGCAAGUGAAAUGCGAUCGUCAAGAAAAUGUUAUCUACAAUGUGAAAACAGAAGCAGAAACUUGCGAAUGUAAACGAAAAUGCACUUCGUGCGGUGUAUGUGUGCAUAUGUUCUCCUGCACCUGUAAUGAUUACCUAAUAAUGCAUAAUCUGUGUAAACACAUCCAUGCUAUUCGAAUGUUGAAAAUUCAACCUGAGAAGAUGGAAGCAGAUGUCGAAGAAUCAACAACCAGUGAUGUGACAGACCGGCUUAUUAUGGAAGACGUCUGUCAGGUAUUAGAAGUCGGUAAUUAUAUGUCGAUACAAGGCAAAGAUAAUCUUAUAAAUAAGUUGAAUCAAUGUUUAAGUCUAAUUAACGAAACCGAAUGUGAGAAUAUUACGACUGAGAUGGAAGAAACCAUGAAUACCAACGUUGAUAAUAUUUUAGCUAUUUUAUACGGAAAUUUCAAAGUCACCGUGGAGUCUAUUUACUAAAUAAUGUUUUUAAGGGUACUGAUUUUUUUUCCUUCAAAUUUCCCAAAGACUGAACUGUUAAUUGUUUUGUAAAUAUAAUUUCUUGUUUAAAAAAUGAGAAUAUU